AUGUCGUCAAUGAAGGUACGAAAUGGUCACAUAAAACGAACAACAGAUAGCGACAUUGAAUCAUUAGUCUUGGAGUUAAUUGGCAAUAAUGUCAGCACCACCUACAUCACAUGUCCAGCCGACCUCACGAAAACCCUCGGUAUCAAGUUGCCCAUUCUUGUUCUGAUUGUCAAAAACAUGGAGCGCUACUUCACUUUCGAAGUUCAGAUCCUCGACGACAAAGGCGUCAAGAGAAGGUUUCGAGCGAGCAACUACCAGAGCACUACGAGGGUGAAGCCCUUCAUCUGCACAAUGCCUCUUAGGAUGGAGGAGAAGUGGAAUCAGUUGCAGUUGAACCUGGUCGACCUCACGAAGCGCGCCUACGGCACCAACUUUGUCGAAGUCCUGCGUGUUCAGGUCCACGCGAACUGCCGUUUGCGUCGAAUAUUCUUCUGCGAUCGCCUUUACAAGGAGUCGGAGCUUCCAGCAGAGUUCAAGCUCUACCUACCUGUUACUCAGUCCAAACCUGACUCAUGA